AUGCCUGACGAUGCUCUGUUAGAAAUGGUUGUUGAUAAUGUGGCUGCCUCUCGAUCGUACGAAGGAUAUUGGCCUGAUGGAGCAAAAAAAGACGGAUGGACAUGGAUGACAAAGCACUUCGAUCACUAUAUUCUUCAUCAAACAACUCGUAUCAAAUUUAGUGCUCUCCUUUGUGCUCUUGGUAAUGCUCAAGUUUUACCAAAUGAAUUCGACUGGGCACAAAUCUACCGAUCAGAGAUAUCUUCUGAUGAUAUAGUGAAGCUUGCACAACUUGAGACGCUGACAAAAAUAAAUCAUACACGUGGAUUUUUUCAAAAGAAACAAUAA